AUGCAGGGCGCGGAGCUGGACGCUCGGAUCCGCUGCAGUGUCACUCUCGAGCGCCUGAGCCCGAGCGGCCCGGCCCCGCAGCGCCGGGUGAUCCGCGACGCCUCCCUCGCCCUGGGCCGGAACGAGUUCCGAGAGCUGGUGCUGCAGGUGAGCGACGGCAGCGCGGCGCUGAGCUUCGCGCUGCGCGGGGAGCUGCGGCUCUUCACGCGCUUCGUGCGCCACGGGAAAAGCGGCCUGCAGCUGGGCCCCGCGCACCCGCAGCUGCUGAUCGCCAACUGCCCCCCCGACCGCCUCAGGCGCUUCCUCCGGCUGCUGCGCGUCAAGCACGAGGCGGCGGGGCAGGGCGCGAAGAGCGUCACGGAGCGCGCGCGGCUGCUGUGCAGCCUUCCGCGGACCUUCGACACCAUCAGCCCAGUUCAGGCCCGGGACGUGCAGCGGGUCUGCGAUCCGCGGGCCCACGCGAGCUGCGAGGCGACGCCUGUGAAAGGGCAGGACCGCGGGAACAGCGCUCUGUGGGGCAGGGCUCGGAAAAGGGCCAGGGCAGAGUCGGCUGAAGCAGGCGCU